UCAGUUAUCAUAAGAAGGGAUUCUCGUGAAAAGGCUCACAUGCCAAUAAAGCCCAUAUUUUCUCCCUCAACAUUUCACCAUCAUUCAAGCUAAUUUGCCUCCUUAUUUAGUCUCUCCAUCUUCUUCCUCCAUUGUUACCUUCAAAUUUUGUGGGUAGUUUCCUAUUUAAAAGAUUAGAACUUUCCCUCUAAAACCCAUCUUUUUAAAGUAGUUUUUCUUGUUUAAAUCUUGCUUGGUUUAGUGGGUUUACUUUGUUAAUUACGCACAUUUUAUGGAAUGUUAGUAUUAGUUUAAUUAAUCCAAGCAUAUAACAACUGGAAAAAAAAAUUCCUAAUACUUUACUUUGAUUACUGGGGUUGCUUAGAUUGGAGUUGCUACUUUAUUUGAUUAUCUAAUUUCUUGGGAUUCUUCAUAAUCUUCAAUCUUCUUCAUCUAUUGUUCAUCUUUAUCAUCUUUACUUAGCUUUUUUUUUGUGGGUUAGUACAAAAAAUCCACCCAAAAAAAAAAAAAUUGAUUUUUUUUGGUAAUGGAUUCUUAUUGUGCAACACUUGGAGGAAGUACACAUCUGACAAGAACAGGAAAAAGAGAUGGAGAAAGUGGUUUUUGGGGAGAGAGAAUUAGUGGGAGUUUAAAGAGCAAUGUAUUGGUUAAUAAGUUGUCAAUGAGCUUAAAGAUUGAUCAGAGAAUCAGAAAGAUUAAACCUGGAGUUGCUUUUUCUGUCAUGACAUCAAACAAUGCUACUGAGAUCAUUAUAAGAGAGACACCAAUUUUCGAAAGGCGAAGAGCUGAUCCUAAGAAUGUUGCAUCCAUUAUAUUGGGAGGAGGUGUUGGAGCUCAGCUGUUUCCUCUUACCAGCAGAACAGCAACACCGGCUGUUCCUGUUGGAGGAUCCUACAGGCUUAUUGAUAUUCCAAUGAGUAACUGCAUCAACAGUGGUAUAAACAAGAUAUUCAUAUUAACUCAGUUCAAUUCAGCUUCUCUUAAUCGACACAUAUACCGCACUUAUCAUGGCAAUGGUAUCAACUUUGGAGACGGAUUUGUUGAGGUAUUGGCUGCUACACAAACACAAGGAGAAAGUGGAAAGAACUGGUUCCAAGGAACAGCUGAUGCUGUUAGACAAUUUAUAUGGCUGUUUGAGGACGCGAGGAAUAAGCAAAUUGAGAAUAUUGUGAUAUUAUCUGGUGAUCAGCUCUAUAGAAUGGACUAUAUGGAUCUUGUGCAGAAUCACAUUGAUAGAAACUCUGAUAUCACAGUUUCUUGUGUUCCUGUGGGUGAGAGCCGCGCAUCUGAUUAUGGACUGAUGAAGAUAGACAGCAGAGGUCGAGUAAUCCAGUUCUGGGAGAAACCGAAGGGGACUGAGUUGGAAGCAAUGAGAGUGGACACGCAAAUCCUGGGAUUAUCGCAAGAAGAUGCAUUGAGUAAUCCUUAUAUUGCAUCCAUGGGAGUUUAUGUGUUUAGAACUGAUGUGCUACUAAAGCUUCUGACGCAGACAUGCCCGAAAGCCAAUGACUUUGGGUUUGAAAUUCUUCCUUCUGCUGUGAAGGACCAAAAUAUACAGGCAUAUCUAUUCAGAGACUACUGGGAAGAUAUCGGAACCCUAAAGACUUUCUUUGAUGCUAAUUUGGCUCUCACUAAAGAGUCACCAAGCUUUGAGUUUUAUGACCCAAAGACACCCUUCUAUACUUCUCCUCGGUUCCUACCACCUACGAAAAUGGACAGGUGCCAGAUUAAAGAUACUAUUAUUUCAGAUGGAUGUUUCUUAAGAGAAUGUAAAGUUGAGCACUCUAUCGUGGGGGAGAGGUCUCGUUUGGACUCUGGUGUAGAGCUUAAGGAUACCUUAAUGAUGGGUGCAGACUACUAUCAAACUGAAUCUGAAAUUGCAUCUCUUCUAGCAGAGGGUAAGGUGCCAAUUGGGAUCGGGCGAAACACAAUAAUCAGAAACUGUAUCAUUGACAAGAAUGCAAAGAUAGGUAAAGAUGUGAUCAUCACCAACAAAGAUGGUGUCAUAGAAGCUGAUCGGCCAGAGCAAGGGUUCUAUAUUCGAUCAGGGAUCACCGUCAUAGUAGAGAAGGCAACCAUUGAAGAUGGCACAGUCAUAUAAAUUAUGAUCUUCCAAGUUCAACUGUCAAACAUCUUCCAAGAUAUAUGUCGUCUUCGAAAGGAGAUUGGAAUGGAAAAGCUUCAGAAGGCGGUAUGUUGAAGGUGGGUUAGUACAAGGAAGGACUACAAAGAAUGAGCUACCUGGGAUAAUUCUAUGUACAACUAGAAAUCAGCUUGGCUACAAUAUGUACAAAGAGAAGAAGAGGGAAAGAAUAAAGGUGCAGGAGAAAUAAGUUCUUUUUGGUCAUAAUAUACUACUACUAAUAUAGAACAACAUUCUCUUUGUCUGAAGGGAGAGUUCUUAGGGUAGGAAGUUAUAAUGUUAAUUAAUGAUAAAGAUAUUGUACCAAACUUUUGUUUAUACAUCAAUAAAAGUUUUACACUUUGGUCAA